UUUUUAUAUACUAUAUUUAAAUAUAUAGAUCUUAAAACUUCUUUCAAUUAAAGCUAUAAAUUUAUUUCUCAAGUUCGUAUCAACACGUUGAUAUUUGUAUUUUAUUGUUGAUGAUACAGUUCGUCAAGCCUACUCUGCAAUUGUCAUUAACGUUUCAUGUUAUUAUCGUGCAUAGUGUGCGGCACCGAGAAGAGUCCCUGGCUCUGUCUGCACUGCGGGACCGUGCACUGCGGCCGAUACGUGGCGGGCCAUGCGUUGCAACACUACGAGACUAAUACUCAACACUGCGUGUGCAUAGACUGUGAGAGUCUGGCAGUAUUCUGCUAUACUUGUGACGAGUAUGUGGUGAACGACACCUCGAGCGGGCAGAUCGAAAAGAUACGGCGCGUCACCUUCCGCAAGGACGAGCACAAAGAGAAUGACGAAAGCUGGAGCACGUCACCGCCCGCGACGCCGCCGUCCUCGAGGGCGCGCGACAACGGUGGCGACCACGAUAACGAUCCGGACGCCCUAUGGAAAGCGGAAGUGGUCGUGAGAAACCUGCGGCCGAGGACGGCCCGCAAGAGGCUACACUCGCUGGAUGCCAGCAGCGCGGACAAUCGGCCAGCCAAACGCCGUAGCUCCAAGAGUACCAAAGAGAAAAAGGUCGUCGGACUGAGGAAUCUCGGUAACACCUGCUUCAUGAAUGUGGUGCUGCAGUCCUUCAACAACAUUAGCCAUUUCUGCGAGUAUCUCACGCAAAUGCCGUGUCUCGAGGGUAUCGCGUUUGAUGAGUCGACGGGGCCGCCUACGCAUCGCGGUCGAAUCGUGACGCCGGGUCGUGCCAAGGAGAUGUCCAUGAGCGACGCCUUACUUGCCGAGGAGCUCCGAAAGGUGCUGCUCGGAUUAAGCCUGGGUGGCUCCAAUGGCCAAGCUAUAUCGCCCGAGUGUCUGUUUCUGGCCAUUUGGAAGGUCGUGCCGAGAUUUCGGGGCUACCAGCAGCAGGACGCCCACGAGUUUCUCACUUACAUGCUCGACCGACUCCAUACCGAGCUGUUGCAGCUGCUGCCCAGGCUGGGACACGAGCCUCUAGGAUUGCGCGGCAAGCAAAGCAUCGUCACUGCCGUAUUUGGAGGCACUCUUCUCAGCGUGGUUCACUGUAUGAACUGUCGUACGGACUCGAAGACGCACGAGCCCUUCCAGGACCUCUCGCUGGACAUCCCGGACAGGCUGCAGAGGAGUAGGACGAAGGAGCAGGAGGAAGUGUGCAGUCUGACUUACAGUUUGACGAAAUUCUUCAAGGUGGAAGAGCUCGCCGACAGCGAGCUCUACUUCUGCGACAACUGCAUGGGCAAGCAGAGAUCUACCAAGAGGUUCUGGAUACACAGGCUGCCUAAUGUGUUGUGCCUUCACAUUAAAAGAUUUAGGUGGUGCAAUUCCUAUCGCUCGAAGGUGGACACGCAGGUGGAUUUCCCGAUGGAGUCUCUCGAUAUGUCUGCGUUUACCGUGCGCGGCGUGACCGGGACGAGAUUGGGGGCUCAGAAUAGUCAUCUCUACGACUUGGCUGCCGUUAUCGUGCACCAUGGUUCUGGUGCUGGGACUGGACAUUACACUGCCUUCGCUGUACAUGACGGUCAGUGGUUCCAUUUUAACGACAGCUCUGUACGUCCAGCGACUACCGAUGCUGUCGCUAAAUGUAAGCCUUACAUUCUGUUCUACGUGCGGAGAGAGUUCUCCAUUCCACCCCCAUUGUGACGUCGUUUCUCCGACAAGAAGCCCCGUCCUGGCAAUGCGAGCCUCGACGACGAUGACGAUGAUAUGGAUGUG